UGGUAACAAAAGAAGAGGUAAAUCAACAGCCACUUCGAACUCUCGAUCAGUAAAAAGAGCAAAGUUCUCAUCAGCUUUGGCAGAUGCACUGGCAACAUAUAAUGAAACUGCAAAGCGAAAGACAGAAUUGAUAGAGAGAUCAAUGGCAACAUCUGCAUCACAUUACUUAUUGGAUGAGAGUGUUGAAGCUCUUAAUCAAAUUGAUGGAAUUAGUGGAGAAGUAUACACAAAAGCUAUUGAGAAGUUUGAGAACGAGGUGUCCAGAGCAUUAUUUCUAAAGAUGCCAGAGCAUAGAAGAAUAGAUUGGUUGCUGAAUUUGAAGUGAAAAAGUUUAGACUUUGUUUAGCUAUGAACAAGAUGACUUUAUUUAGCUAUUAACUUUAGUUUUGUUUAGCUUUUGACUGGAUGACUUUGUUGAGCUAUUGACUGGAUGACUUUAUUAGAUAUUGACUGGAUGACUUUGUUUAGCUAUUGACUGGAUGACUUGUUAGAUAUUGACUGGAUGACUUUGUUUAGCUAUAGACUGGAUGACUUGUUUUGCCUAUUUUGUUUUAUGGUUUGACUUUGACUUUGAGUGUUUAUAUAUUUUUUAUAUAUUGAAUGUAAAAUUUAAAAAAAAUUUCUACUAUCAGGAUAAAAUGUCUUUAAACGUUGCUCGGUUCAACAAGGAUAAUUUACUGGACGAUUCAGAUGAUGAGUUUGGAGAGAUUUUGCUAUAUUUUUCUUGCGAGGAAUAUAAUCAAUUAUAUCUAUCUAAACAACCUUGUAGAAAUUCAGCUCUUUCAGGCCAUGAAUACGUUAUGGAAGUGUUGCACGGGCAUUGGAGUAGGUGUUAUGAUUUGUUCAGAAUGAACAAAGAUGUCUUCAAAUUAUUUUGUGGUGUUCUAAAAGAAAAAAAAAUUUAUUGAAGAACUCACGAUAUCUGUCUGUUGAAGAACAAGUGGCUAUGUUCUUAUUUGUGAUUGGCCAUAAUGAACGACAUCGUGUGGUUGCUGAACGAUUUCAGCACUCCAUCUCAACCACAUCACAUUAUUUUAGGAAGGUUUUGAAGGCAAUAUGUCGUUUAUCCAAAGAACUAAUUACUCCACCUUCAUUUGAUGUAACUCCUCCACAAAUUCGAUUCGAUCCAAGAUACUAUCUAUUUUUUAAGAAUUGUGUUGGAGCUAUAGAUGGGACUCAUAUUUCUGCACAUGUUCCAAUUGAUGAACAAAUACCAUAUCGAGGUCGAAAAGAGGAUACAACUCAGAACGUUACGUGUGUAUGUUCAUUUGACAUGAAGUUCACAUACGUUGUUCCUGGAUGGGAAGGAUCAGCUAAUGAUGCAUGGAUUCUUCUAGAAUGUGCCACAAACCCAGAUUAUGGAUUUCUAAUGCCGCCCCAAGGUAAGUAUUUAUCAAACUUAUUGUGUUGAUUGACAUUAUUUUAUAUUAAACAUCUAUAAGUAAAAACUAACAUAAAUUAUCAUUGGACCAGGAAAAUAUUAUCUUGUUGAUUCUGGCUAUACAAACAUGCCUGGUUUUCUUUCACCAUAUCGAGGAGAAAGGUAUCAUUUGGGCCAGUACACAGAUCAUAAUCCCAUAGGCAAAAAAGAGCUCUUCAAUUAUCGACACUCUUCCUUGAGAAAUGUCAUUGAGCGGUGUUUCGGCGUGUUGAAGACUCGCUUUCCCAUCCUAAAACAAAUGCCUUCAUAUGAUCUAAGAAUACAAAAGUACAUUGUCAUUGCUUGCUGCGGGAUUCACAAUUUUAUAAGGACAAAUGUAGAAGCAGAUGUAUAUUUUGAUGGAGGUGAAGGAAAUUCUGAAGUACAAGCCACUAC